AAAAAAAAAGAAACGAAAGAAAAGAAAAGGAUACUUCGAUCGAAAUGACUAUUAAUUAAUUAAUUAAUUGAAAAUAAAUAAUUGAAUAAAAUGGUGAAACAAGUACGUGUAAUAUUUACGUUUACUUAGAAUUAUUAAUUGUGUACCUCUCAUAAAAAAAAGAAAAUCGCGUACGGUAAUUUAGGGUGAACUAAGAAAAAAAAAAAAGAAAAAAAAAAAAGAAUAAAUGGAAAAUUGAUAACUAGUAAAAAUAGAAGAAAAAGAAGAAGAAGAAGAAGAGGAAGGAAAAAAUAAAUAGAAAAUCAAUUGGAGAACGAUGACGAUGGGAAUGUUUAAACCAAAGUAGAAGCAAUAAUUCUAUGGCCGUUAUUAUAUUUGAUUACUUUUAAGAUUAAAACAAGGAAGUAAAAAAGAUAAAAUAUUAUAAAUUUGACAUAAAAAAAAAAUAAAUAAAUAAAACAAUGAUACGACGAUAAUUUGUAAGGAAUUUAACAAAAAAAAAAAAAAAAAAAAAACAAAAAACAAAAUAAUAAUAUCGACCCUCUUUCAUAUACACUCACGUAUACACAAAUUGAAACGUUAUAUUUACACGUAGUUUACGUACCACACACAACGUUAAACAUAAUUUCAAAUUAUAUUUUAAUCAUGGUGGACGUAGAAUAUUAUAUUCAAUUGAAGUAUUGAAAAAAAAAGAAAGAAAGAAAGAAAAGAAAACGAAAGGAAUUAAAUUUGUCUCCUUGUGUGCUUGUUCUCGCUAUAUGAAUUUCAAAAAAAUAAAAUAAAACAUUAUUAAUAAUAAUUUUAUUGAAAAUAUAUCAAAAAAAUAUACACGCAUAAUAUUCUAAUAAUAUAUAAAUGAAAAAUUAGAUAAUUUAAUGAAAUUGAAUAAUCGAAUAACACACACAUGUAUACACACGUACGUACACACACACACAGGACGUAUAUUAUGUCGCAAAAUGUUUAGAACAAAAAAA